AUGCUGCCGUCAGCUCACUGUACUAUGCGGCCUUGGCCGACUCGCCUGCACGUGAGAGCGCCGACCCUGCUGCAAACCCAAACGCCAGCAGCAGCACUGCAAACCCCUCCACGUUCAUUAAACAAGAACCGCUCUACCCUUCCCAUCUCCACCGACCUUUCCACUCUGCCUGCCCAGCUGCCCAAUCCCAGCGCCUCUGCUCCCUCCUACAGCAACAGCCCUCGCAGCACUGCGCCUCGCGACCCGGACGAUCCAUUGGGCUGUGAUAUUUUUUCCACCGAGAAUCCCAGUAGCCAUACUCGUAACAGUUCCAUCUAUGCUCUGUCUGCCGACUCGGAAUGGCAAAACCCAGGCUCGUUUAGCACCAACACGUUUGGCGGCACCAGCCAGGGAAACCCACCGUCGCCCUUUUCGCGUCCUCCCAUGAAGUCGAACUCCUUCUCCAUGGGCUCCGAGAACUUGCUCUUUAUGGCCGGCAUCAGCCCCACCACCGAAAGACCUCCACAGCAGCAGCAGCAGCAGCAGCCACAAUCUCUGGGCGGGCCUCUGGGCGGCAACGUCUCCGCGUCGGUCUUUCAAGAUAUUCCCGCGCAAUUACAACUGCAGCCCCAGCUGCCAAACAACGAUCCUAGAAGGUGUUCUGUGUUCAGCGAUACCGCCCUGGGGGGUUCCCAUGCCAACGGUGGAAGAAAGUAUUCUCUCCACCAGGAAAAUAGAGUCCACAAGAAAUCUCUGUCGCAUUCCUACGAGCCUCCUGUGCCCGUGCCCUUGCCCCUACAGGACCCUUGCAGCUCCGAGGUGAAAGAUACAGAGAGUGUGGAGGAAAAGAUCAAAGCCAAGAAAAAGGCCCAGAACAGAGCCGCGCAGAAGGCGUUCCGUGAAAGGAAAGAGGCCAAGCUAAAGGAGCUGGAGAAGAAACUGGAACAGAGCGAAAGGGACAAAGAGGCGCUGGAGCGGAAGAUCGAGGAACUUAGACGGCUGAACAUGGAGAUCAACGCGGAGAAUAGACUCCUGCUGAAGAAAAACGACAGUAUCUACCACCAUCAGCCGUACUUACAUCACAACUCGUACCCGGCGUUUAUCAAUCCCUUUGACAAUAUGAAACCCAUGCAGAAUCACAUACAAACCCCGAUGCAAGCCCAAAUGCAAUCUCCCGUGCAACCUACUACGCCGGCCCCGGCCCAGGCCCAGGCCCAGGCCCAGGCACCAGCACCCCCUCAGAUGUCAAUCCCCAUUAAUAGAAACGGCGCCACCGUCGCAGAAAAUAUAAUGCUCCCCAUCCAAGCCGUAUGGGAUUACCUCCACAAGAAACUGUCGGAAAAUAAAAACUUGAAAUUAGACAACACCAAGUCAAACGUAUUGAACGUUUACGAAACAAGAAACACAAUCAUCAUGGACGUCAUGCGAAGACUCAAGGAAUGGGACAACAACAACCCGCACCAAAACUCCUUCAACUACGUCUAUCCGAAAACUGUCAUUGACGAAUAUUUAAAACAAUCAAUAGAUUCCAUCAAAUUCUAA